AAAAAGUGAUAAUUCUUUUAUGAUAAAGGACCAUUGAAUGGACCCGGUGUCAUUAUGACCGACAACUGUGAUGAGUUGAAAGACGCUUUACAUGCUGUUUGGCCGAAGUCACGCUUAUUGUUAUGUAUUUUUCACCUAAUGCAGCAAGUAUGGAGGUGGCUUUUCGAUAAAAAACAUGGGAUAUCACAACAUGAUAGACCAGUUAUUAUGGCAAAAUUCAGAAAAGUAGUUUAUGCUGAACUUGAAACCGAGAUGGAAGAAGUGUACGAUAAACUUCUAGAUAGUUUUGGACCGAAGUAUCCCCAAUUGACGUCAUAUUUGGAAAACGUUUAUGAUAUGAGAGAAAGGUGGUGUUUGUGCUAUCGAAGAAAAAUGACCAUAAGAGGAAACAAUACAAAUAAUUUUGUGGAAGCUCAAUUUUUGGUGUUGAAAGAUAACAUUUUAAACAGAACAAAGGAGAUAAAUAUAAAUGGUUUGUUCGAGAAGCUUACAAAAGAUUUCAAUGAUCAUUACAAGUCUAAGCUUUUGAGUGUUGCUAAUGGAAGGUUCGAUGGCAUAUACAGUAGAAGAUUCAUGGGAAAGACUAAAGAAAAAGGAGAAGGUGUUGGAUAUAAGCUUCCACCAGAGCCUGUUCUGCGUGAAGUUGCAGAGAAUAUCAUAAGCAACGGCAGCAACAUCUACUUGGUUCCCAGUUUCACUGAUCCAAGUGUACAUUAUUGUGUUGACAUGGAACUCGGAUUGUGCGAGUGUGAUGUUGGUAGUGAUGGAUCUCCAUGCAAACAUCAAUACGUAACUUGGAGACAACAUUUGAAAAGCGCAAAUUUCAUUCCAUAUCUCAGUUCAGAAGAAAGGAAGCAAUGCUCGUAUAUUGCAAUAGGCGAAUCGCUUCCUGAUGUUUAUUAUGAAGGGUUGCGUGAUUAUUUGGAUGCUGGAACAAAUGUGACUGAAAGCUCUGGUCAAAGCGUUCACUCCGACAGCGAAAGUCACGAUACUAUUCAACAAGAUCCGAUGGAUGAAGGAUCCACUUCAAAAGUAACAGAUGAGCGUAGAAGUGUCGAAACAGUAAACUUUCAAGAAAUUCAAACUGAGUUCACGGAAGCUAGCGAAAAAAUAUUGAGGAUGAUCGAGUUAAACCGCAAUAACAAUGAUUUUUUACGAGGAGUGUCAAAGUUUUGUGACAGAAUUUCAAAGUACGAAACUCAGACUUCAAAACUCUGUUCUGCAUUCCACACAUUCGCAAGUGAUAUUCACUACAGUAAAAAAGUUACCAACCAAACUCAUUCUAAAAGUCGAACUGGCAAGAAAAUAAAAGUUCAACCAGAGGCUGUUAAAAGACGAAGCACAAUUUCCGGAAGCAAGGUUGCUAUUCAAAAAGGGAUGACGAAACGUAAGAACCCGUUCAACGUUGAACCAAGUUUGAAACGAGGUCAUUCGUUUACUAAAAAUGUUAGUAAUAACGAACCCGUUGCGAAAAAAGCCGGCCGAACAAUGGGUUCUAAAACAAAGUUUUUAACUCCGCAAGUAAAGAGACCAGCCAUUAAAAAGGACAGUAAACAGUAA